AUAGGCUGGUAGACCAGUUAAAGACGAAACUUGUCAUUGGCUUAUCAAUUCCAACCCGGAAGAUUGGAAAAACAUUCUUUAGAAGGUACUUACUGGAAAUAAACCCACCGCAGUGACUGAAUAUUGUUAUAAAUUCGACCGCGUUUUAUGAGUAAAAGGAGGGAUUGCUAAGUUUUAUUGUGUUGAUAAAUUCAUCAUGAGCAGCCCUGCGAUGAGUGACGAUUUUACGGCCGUUUUCAACCCUCCGUUGUCUUCUACUCAAAUCAAACUGUUUGACAUGUUGGAAGAAGCCACAGAACAACUCAUGCUUUUUCAAGAUUUCCACGCUUCGUUUAGUGUCUGUGAGAGAGGCUUGGAGAUCCUUACACGCGAGGAGGAAGAGGACGUGAGAGGUGAACUAAAAGCUGGCUUUUGCAUCUUGGGGAUCCAAGCCUUGGCUGAACUCAACCAGUGGCCAGGUGUCCUCGCUUGGGUUCUUCACCAUUAUGAGCAACAAGAGAACAUACCUGCAAAAAUAAUGCUCAUGUGCAUUCUCCUUUACUCCAAGGUGGGCGAGCCGAAAGUGAUGCAAGAGGCCACCCAAACCUGGCUCCACUGUCCGUCGAACCGCCGACUGGACCGGUACAGAUCUGUGGCCGAGCUCUAUGUGCUGCAUAUCCUCCUGCCCCUUGAACUCUCAGAUCAAGCCCGGGAGAUGGUCACCGGCGAGGUGGGGAGCACGGCAUUCACGGAAACUCAACGACAGACGGCGCUUGCCAUCAUAGAUGAGGAAAGUCGGAAAAAAGUGCCAGAUGUCAACACAGACUGUGGUUUAUUCGAUAAACGUCCUUCGAUCAAAGGUUCCCUUCUUCAAAAAGUGGAAGCUCUGUUGAAGCUUUCCUGUAGAAGAUUGAUAUCUGCUUCCGGGUCCUUCCCAUUCCAUAAACUCAUCUUGGCUACUGUCAUUCUCUACAUGCUGUUGUUUCGCCUAGAUCCAGCGCUUCCGUCUUCCUUCAUGUGGAUUUCCAGACUUCAUCAGCUGCUCAGACAGAUGUGGAACGUCAUGUCGGCUCCGUAUUUUCAAGCUCGGAAAGCAUGAAUGUGGACUGAAUUGUAAUUUGAUUUGUUUUUAAUCUAAUUCCACACACUCACAUCACAGAGGAAAUUCUUCUCAUUCAAAAGAAUAAAAGUGGAUGCUGUUGUUUUGUGUAAUCGGAUUGAUUUCCCAGUUUUGUUAUUGUUUCGUGUUGAUUUAAAAC